AUGGCGGUGCAAUCCUCCCUCGUGAGAUGUCUUCGUACAUCCACGACAACAUUCGCUCGUCCGAUGCCUAUUCGCAGCCGACUCUCUCAACUUUCCCAGAGAUCCAGCUACGCUACAGACAAUGCCCCCUCAAACCCCAAACCACGAACCUCCAUAUUCGACGGCAUGAACACCACCAACCAACCUACAACACCAUCCUCAUCAUCAUCAGCGUCAAACGACAUUGCAAACGCAAACGCAAAGCUCUCGGAAAGCAUAGCCAACAUCCGCAAGGACUUUCAAUACAUCAAAACGCCAGUCAACGCUCCGCGCGCAAGCCGCGAAUUCUUGAAAAACCCGUCGUUGGCAGCCGCGCGAGCCCAGCAACGAGCUGAAGGAGAUUUGGACAAUCUGUUGUCCAGAAGAGCUCCUGCUGCUCGACGACAACAGCAACAGCAGACAUCAUCAACAAUAGAUGGCAUAGCAUCGGCCAUUGACGCAGCCGACCCUAUCUCACCUCCUAGGUUCCGCACUACGCCCAUGAAACUGGGCACAAAACUUGGUCGACAGGUUUUGGUCUCUGCUGAUCGCGGCAUUGACGUUGCAGGCGCAAUUCGCUUGGUGCAGAUGAAUUGUGCAGUGAACGGGAUUAGGAGACAGGCUAAUUUGCAGAAAUUUCAUGUUCGACGGGGUCAGAGACGUAAGGAUCUGAGGAGCCAGAGAUGGAGGAAGUUGUUCAAGUUUUCGUUUGAUGAGACUGUGAAGAAGAUUCAGAGGAUGAGGGAUCAGGGGUGGUAG